ACCAUGGACGUGUCAGUGCUGGGCAGUGGGAGCAGCUGUUCAGAGGAUUGUGUGCUAGGGUCUGGCUGUCUGGAGGACUGUGGGAACCAGAGUGACCAGACUGACUGGGAAUGGGAGGACUUCAGUGGGGCUGAGCUGGUGUGUGUGACAGCCGUGUGUGUGCUGCUGCUGGCCCUGGGCAUCGUAGGAAAUAUGUUAACCAUCCUGGUAGUUUGGCUCCGGCCACACCUGAGAAGCACCACCUACCUCUACCUGAGUAGUAUGGCCGUCUCCGACCUCCUCAUACUGCUUCUGAUGCCUUUAGAUCUGUACUACAAGCUGUGGAGGUUCCGGCCCUGGGAUCUGGGUGAUGCAGUGUGUAAGCUGAGUGUGUUCAUCAGUGAGAGUUGUACCUACUCCUCCAUCCUCCACAUCACCGCCCUUUCUCUGGAGCGCUACCUCGCUGUCUGUCGACCACUCACAGCCAAGACCCUGGUCACACGGACCCGCGUCCGCACUCUCAUUGGCUGCCUGUGGGUUGUGGCCGUGAUCAGCGCUGGGCCGGUGUUUGCUAUAGUAGGGGUAGAGGAGCUGGGGGGAGGUGAGGGGGAGAGCGAGUGUCGCUGUACGGACUACGCCGUCUCCUCAGGCCUGCUGGGGGCCAUGAUGUGGCUCUCCAACCUCUACUUCCUGGUGCCGCUGGGCAUUCUGGGAGUUGUGUAUGGCCUGAUCGGCAGGAAGCUUUGGCUCCGCCCACAACGCAGCAGCCGAGACCGCGCCCAGCGACACACCAUCAAGAUGCUCGGGAUGAUCGUGCUGGCGUUUGUUCUGUGUUGGCUGCCGUUCCACGUUGGUCGGACGUUGUUCUCUGUGACUCUGGGCUCCAGUGCUGAUAUGUACUACAUCUCUCAGUACUUUAACCUGGUCUCCUUUGUGUUGUUCUACCUCAGUGCUGCUGUCAACCCUAUCCUCUACAACACCAUGUCAGCACGCUACCGCCACGCUGUCCGCAGCCUGCUGCGCUCACACACACCCCACCCCCCACCCACACCACAACACUCUACCACCACCCUGUAACUCACACACACCCCACCCCCACCACCCCCCACCCACACCACAACACUCUACCACCACCCUGUAACUCACACACACCCCGCUCCCACCACCCCCACCCAUGCCACAACACUCUACCACCACCCUGUAACUCACACACACCCCACCCACACCACAACACUCUACCACCACCCUGUAACUCACACACACCCCACCCCCACCACCCCCCACCCACACCACAACACUCUACCACCACCCUGUAACUCACACACACCCCACCCCCACCACCCCCCACCCACACCACAACACUCUACCACCACCCUGUAACUCACACACACCCCGCUCCCACCACCCCCACCCACACCACAACACUCUACCACCACCCUGUAACUCACACACACCCCGCUCCCACCACCCCCACCCACGCCACAACACUCUACCACCACCCUGUAAUUCACACACACCCCACCCCCACCCACACCACAACACUCUACCACCACCCUGUAAUUCACACACACCCCACCCCCACCCCCACCCACACCACAACACUCUACCACCACCCUGUAACUCACACACACCCCGCUCCCACCACCCCCACCCAUGCCACAACACUCUACCACCACCCUGUAAUUCACACACACCCCACCCCCCCACCCACACCACAACACUCUACCACCACCCCCCACCCACACCACAACGCUCUACCACCGCCCUGUAAUUUACACACACCCCACCCCCACCCCCCACCCACACCACAACACUCUACCACCACCCUGUAACUCACACACACCCCGCUCCCACCACCCCCACCCAUGCCACAACACUCUACCACCACCCUGUAACUCACACACACCCCACCCCCACCCCCCACCCAUGCCACAACACUCUACCACCACCCUGUAAUUCACACACACCCCACCCCCACCCCCACCCACACCACAACACUCUACCACCACCCUGUAAUUCACACACACCCCACCCCCACCACCCCCACUCACCCCACAACACUCUACCACCACCCCCCACCCACGCCACAACACUCUACCACCACCCUGUAACUCACACACACCCCACUCCCACCACCACCCACUCACCUCACAACACUCUACCACCACCCCCCACCCACGCCACAACACUCUACCACCACCCCCACCCACACCACAACACUCUACCACCACCCUGUAACUCACACACACCCCACUCCCACCACCACCCACUCACCUCACAACACUCUACCACCACCCCCCACCCACGCCACAACACUCUACCACCACCCCCCACCCACACCACAACACUCUACCACCACUCUGUAACUCACACACACCCCACCACUCUGUAACACACACACACACACACACACACACACACACAGAAAAUCUUGGAGAUGGAUGGAGGAAUAAGACUUUGUUUAGAGGCACAUUGCCUUUAGUGAGACAUACUGUCAGAUUUAUUGUAUAAUAUUUGAUUCAUAUAUAUUUUCCAUUUUGAUGACUGUUGGUUCUAAACCCCUGAAGGUGUGUGUGUUCUCAGAGUGAUGUGUAAUAAACUGUAAUUCCA